AUGACCUCCCCUUAUAACCCAUUGCCGGUCGACGCCAGCACCGGCAUCGUGCCUCCCAUCUUGGUAACCGCUGCGGCAGAUCUCGACACACAUUCUACCAACAGUACCAGAGUCCCCACGUCCGAAAAGAAAAAGCGAGGGAGGCGGGGUCGGAAAACAAGUAACAGUACCACCGACACCACCGGUCCGAAACAGAAGAAGUCUCUCUUGCUGGAUGAAUUGGGCGAUGCUCUCAUCGAUCAGCUCUAUACUACUCCCCGACUCGACGAUCAACUCGGCGUCGCAAAUGGCUUAGUCGUCGAUCACCUACAAAGCAAGUUCUCUGCGACAUUGACGACACCCUCCUGUGCCAGCUCCUUGAGCAGCAGUAGCCGAACCCUGACCGGCGUGGAGAGCACUCCUCCCACCAGUCUCGACGAACGAGAUAUCAAAGAACGCAGCCUUCCAUCACUUCGAACGGCAGUAAGCCAGUCAUGUCUCAGCACCAAAUCUGUCCACACACUUCAUACAACUCAUACCAACCAGCCUCAAGGAAGCGUUUUCUCGCUCGGCGACUUCUCCACCAUCACAGCAAUCCAGCGCUUAACCGCACAAUAUGGCCGCGUCGCACACAUGGGCAUUCUAGAUCACAGUUAUCGCUUUUUCGUAAACAAAGAACGAACAGCAGCUCUUUCCUUCAAGAUCCAAAACAAGGUUGCAAUCGUGAGCGGCGACCCGCUCUGUGAACCAGCCAUGAUCCCAGACCUACUCGCCGAGUUCACCGCAUAUCGAUCCAAGCACCACUGGGGCAUCGCCUUCAUGGGAGCCAGCGAGUCCUUCGUCCGCGAACAAGCACAUCCAAACUCCUGGACAACAAUCCGAUUCGGCACCCAGCGCGUCCUAAACCCGCAAUCAAACGAAGUCCUUCACGAACAAAGCGGGAAACGCAUCGCCGUCCAAAACAGACAACUCCUCCACCCAGAUAAAGGCGGCAUCACCCUCGGCGUCUACGCCCCAGCCAUCCACGGCACAAACGCAGAUCUAGAAAGCGACCUGGUAGCCGUGUACGACUCAUGGCGCGCAGAGCGCAACGAUUCCACCGGCCCACAGGCCUUCAUCACAGUAUACGAUCCAUUCGCCCUACCAUCCCUAAUGACGUUCGUCUACAGCCGCGGCCCAGACUUCCGUAUAAACGGAUUCGCCGCCCUGCGCCGUUUAGGAUGCGGCGGCUACCACGUUGACCCGUGCAUCGCGGCCCCGGGAAGUGCAAAGGGAAUCAGCGACCUGCUGAUUGUCGCAGCCAUGGCCCUUCUCCGACGCGCCAACGUCUCAUAUCUUGGUCUAGGCUUCGAACCCGUUCAUGAACUGCAACCUGACGAUAUCUCCGGCAUGCCGGCGCAACUGCUUACAUCCCUCACUCGUGACUUAUAUGGGCAUACCUUCCAACGACUUCCGAUCCGGGCAAGAAGGCAUAUCACGAUAAAUUCCGCCCUGACCCCGUGCAGGACUCGGGAUUGUUUCUCGUUUUUCCAAAAGGCGUGCCGAGUCUGA